ACUACGUAUAACGCGCGCGCAUCGCUUCAAUAUGGCGGACAAUAAAGCCGCAAGGGAAUCACGGUGUCCUCUGUAUCGCGGUGUUUAUUUUUUCGGCAAGCGUAAUUUAAAAACAAAGAUCCAUAACGAUGAAUAUGUCCGUGGAGAAGAAGAAAUAUCCCUCGGCGUUGCCGCUCAAUUGGCCCGCGAGGGAGGAACCGCCGAGGAAAACACAGAAUCAGUUAGCGACCACGGGAAAGGUUGAUUAUUAUUACAACCGUAGUGUUAGGAACGACGCAUCGCUGGUGCCGCCGAUCAGACAAACGGCAUCUAUCUUUAAACAACCUGUGACAAUUUACAAAAUGCAGGAAGGAAAGGUAAAGGAUAUCAAACACUCAGGCACUCAGGAAAAGCCAAAGCAGGAAGGAGCCGAUAAAACUGAUGGCAAGUAUGGCUCCCAAGAUAAGCCUAAGCAGCUUUUCUGGGAGAAACGUUUAGAAGGUCUACGAGCUUGUGAUCCGGACGGUUAUGAAUUUGACGCAAUGGAUCUGCCAAAGAAUUUGAAACCAGUAGGACCAUAUAUCACAGAAGAAACAUUGCUCCAGAGUGUGGCCACUGCGUUGCACGUAUCUACUCAACCAGUCACAGGACAGACAGGAUCCAAGACGGCUUUAGAGAAGAACCCCGGAGUAUUUCUCAAUCCUGAUCAACCACUAGUACAGGCGGUCGCGAUAGCAGAUGAAGAUAUAAGAAGACAAGAAGAUCGAGUGGUUAUAGCGAGAAAAAAAUUACAAGACGCUCUACGAAAUCUUCAAACUUAAAUUAUAGGGAUUUUGUGCACAUUAUCACUUGCUCAUCUUUUAGUUUUAAGUUCGUUAUAAAUUAUAUCAUACCACGUUUUGUAAUAAAUGUUUUUAUAAAAAAAGAGAAAUAAGGAUAAGGAAUCUGAUUAAGUUGGAGAUAUCUCAGGAUAUAUUUAAAGUAUGAUUAUGAUUGAUUAUCUCGAAAUAUAUUUUAACGAAAUCUCUCGACUCGAAAUAAAUGGAGUAAAACCGGC